AUGAUACCUUUAUAUACUAUCUCAACAUGCGUGCUGUUCAUGAAGCUGGCCUUCUGCGCCAUCCCUCUUUCCUUCACACCACCCCAGAAUGCUAGCCAGCCUAUCCUAGAAUCCUUUGUGUCCUUUUCGAUCGAGUUCUCCUCGUUCCCAGACUUUGCAGGCAAUUCGAGCAGCCCGAACACUUUCUCGUACAAUCUCCUGACCAACCUGCAACAACUUCAGGGAUCCUAUCCAAUCAUCAGAGUUGGAGGAAACACUCAGGACUAUGCCACGUUCAACGCAACCCAAACGCAAGCCUUGAUCGGCACAUUCAAUUUCAGCCGGUCGGCAGACUAUCCUACCACAAUAACCAUUGGCCCAUCAUACUUCGACUCUUACUCGACCUGGCCGAACGUGACAUUCUUACAUGGGUUCAACCUAGCAAACAACGGCACACUGGGCUACGACACUCUGGUUGGCACCGUCCCUUUAGUCCGCAAAGCGCUCGACACCAGCAAACUCGCCUAUUUCCAGCUGGGCAACGAGCCAGACCUGUACAAGACGAGCUCCCAAGGUCCAGUCCGACCCAGCUGGUGGAACGAAACGGACUAUGUUGACGAGUGGCUCAACAAAACUCGACUCAUAAGACAGAUCGUCCAACAGGACUGUCCGGACGUCAUUUCCCAAGGCAAAUUCGAAUUCUAUGCCCCCAGUUUCGGAGGAACAGGCAACAGUCUCAAUCUGCUCACGACAUGGAACGCUGGCCUCGACACCGACAAUGACAUAGCAUGCAUUGACAGCCACAACUACAUCGGCGGCGCCACACAGCCCGGCGUAACAUUGCAAGGCACCCUGAUGAACCACACCUCGACCGUACUGUCCGUGUCCCACCACCUCAAUGAAUCACGUUUACUAUCCGGCACUGGCAUCCCAUACAUACUCGGCGAAACCAACAGUCUAUACAACGAAGGCGCGCCAGGCCUGUCCAAUUCAUUCGGCGCCGCCCUCUGGGGCGUAGACUUCAAUCUCUACUGCGCCGCAACCGGGAUAAGACGCACACACAUGCACCAGGGUACCAAUUACCGAUACGCCAGUUGGCAGCCUACCCAGACCGUCAACGAGACUUUGGGAACAAAGGCACCCUACUACGGGAACAUCAUGGUCGCAGCCUUCUUGGGAGAUUUGACCACGUCGAACGUGAGUAUCGCGGACAUCGAGCUGGGUAGUAUUUACCAGAAUGCUUAUGCUGCGUAUGUCGAUGGGAGGUUGGAGCGCAUUGCGGUAGUGCAGAUGAAUGAGUAUAAUAGCACGCAUGGGACGACAGGCACGCGGCCCGGCGAGACGUUUAGUUUCCAAGUACCAGCUGCUGCGGCGGGCGCCACUCUCAGAGGUGUGAGCGUGCAGCGCCUCAUUGCGAACGGGAGCGACGCUAUCACCGGGAUCACGUUCGAUGGAAUUUCGUAUAAUUACGAGCUGGAGCAGGGGAAGCCUGUUGUGUUGAGUAAUGUCACGAGAGGUGAAGUUCUGCAGGUUGCGCAGAACGGGGCAGUGAGCGUGGAUGUGCCGUGGAGUAGUGCUGCGAUUCUGAAUUUGCAGUGGUAGGGGAGCACGCGGGACCUCAUAUUGAAGGACAACAUACUCUGCUCGGCCUGGUGUGAAAGACGUGGUUCUUCGAGCUCAUAUUGACAAUGCAUAGCAUACCUAGGUAGCGAGGCUGCGAGUGGGUGGGUGUGCCCACCGAGCUAAACCCAACGUGAAAAAGGGGUUGAGUUUGACACCUGUACAAUCAACUCACACAAU